CUUUUUCACUCGAGAGGUCGACCAUGUCCUACCGCAAGCCCAAGGGCUCGGCCAAGCCCAACGUCGCAGGCGAGGUCUACGACACGAACGCAGUCCCGGUCCGCCGCCCCACAACAUCUAGCAGCGGCGGCAUGACGCCCGAGCAGCGCGCCCAGAUGGAAGGCAUGACCAACAUGAUGAAGUCGAUGGGCAUGCCCGUGCCCGCAGGUAUGACCCCCGAGCGCAUGCUCCAGGCCAUGAACGCCAUGGGCAUGGGCGGUAUGCCCGGCAUGGGCGGUAUGCCCGGCAUGCCCGGCAUGGGCGGCAUGGGCGGUAUGCCUGGUAUGGGUAUGCCGCCGGGUAUGGCCGGCCUCAUGCCACCGGGUAUGGCCGGCCUCAUGCCGCCGGGAAUGGACGAGUCGGACAUGGACGGUAUGGCCGGUAUGAUGGGCAUGCCCCAAGGAGAGGCUGCGAUCUACGGCAGCGGCGUUGCACACGGCACGGACUUUUCGCGCUGGGCGACGUUCUACCCCAACUACAUCGACUCGGGCAAGACGAACGCCGACGGCCGCCGCAUCCCCAAGGCCAUGUCGUGCGACCGCCCGAUCGUCGAAGAGAUGGCCGAGGUCUGCCGCUACUUCAAGCUCGACCACGUCACGGAACCGUACAAGGCGUACUCGCGCGACUUUCUCGUGCCUGGCCGCGUCCGCGUCAAGCUCGUCGAUGCGAAUCGCAACCCGCUCCACGCCGAGAUUCGGACGCGGAAGGACCUCAUGCUCAAGAUGGGCGAGCUCAUCCCGAAGCUCCAACUCCGAAAAGACCGCUUGGCCCGCGAACUCGAAGCCGCCAAGGCCGCGACGACCGGUGCGCCGGCGACCGCCGCCGCGAGCAGUAAGAAAAAGGGCAAGAAGAAGGGCCGUAGAUAAACCACCUGUGUAUAUACGCGUGCGAUUCAAUGUACAUGCACGAUACAUGCGA